UCAUUUUAGGGUUGAAAGGAUUCCUCCUACACAUCAAACACACCCAUGUGCAUGUCACAGUCUAAAUGGAUCCACAGUGCCACCUGAUAAUGUAGCAGAGAGAGAGGUAGGCUGCCAGGUCAACUCUGUUUAUCAAAACGUCAGAGGAGGAGGAGAGCAGUGAGUGAUGAAAGAAGAUAGAGAGCUGAGAUGACAGCUGGCUGAUGGAGGGAGAGAUAGAGGUCUGGAGGUUAUGUGUGAGGGAGAAAUGAGAAACGUCAGUGGCUGCAACAAGCUAAACCCAGACAGACAGAACAAGACACAACAGAGUAUGGCAGAAACCCCAGCAGAGCCUCAGAUUGACUGUGAGCUGCAGCCCCCAUCUAAUACCCUUUCUGAGCCUCAGCUCCAGUACCAACUACAUCCUCUCUCUGAGCCCCAGCCACUACCCCAGCCUGAUACCCUUCCCCAGCCCCUGCCCCAGCCUCAGCCGGAAAGCCUUCCUGGGCCCCAGCUCCUACCCCAGCCUGAUACCCUUCCCCAGCCCCUGCCCCAGCCUCAGCCGGAAAGCCUUCCUGGGCCCCAGCUCCUACCCCAGCCUGAUACCCUUCCCCAGCCUUGGCCCCUGCCCCAGCCUCAGCCGGAUAGCCUUCCUGGGCCCCAGCUCCUACCCCAGCCUGAUACCCUUCCCAGCCUUGGCCCCUGCCCCAGCCUCAGCCGGAUGCCUUCCUGGGCCCCAGCUCCUACCCCAGCCUGA